AUGAAACUGUUGACACUGCGAGACACGCUGGCUGGAACGAGAACUUCAGGAACUCCGGAGACUUCUGGAACUCAAGUGAUCAUGGUUGUGGCAAGGAAUGAGGCUCUGGACUGGGAACCUCUCACAACCCCUGAUCCGGACCGGUUCUCCAAGGCCUUGGGGCUAUCCUUCUUUGGCUCGAACACGUCGGGGAAGAUCUGGUUGUUUGUGGAAGAAGGAGCUACUUUUGAUAUUGAUUGUGAUACGGAACAAAUCCUACAUGGGCGGCUUAUGUCUCACCGGCUUACUAGCCCACUAGCUAUCUCGGCCGUGUACGCCAAAUGCACAAGGUCUGAGAGAUACCCACUGUGGGAUAGGUUGAGAGAGAUUGCGGGGCCCCUCGAAGAAACACCGUGGAUUGUUGGUGGUGACUUCAACAACAUCCACUCGCACCGGGAUAGAAUGGGGAGCGACACCAACCGGCAAGCCGAGAUGGUCGAUUUUGCGGAGACAAUUGAAGACUGCAGGCUCCUCGACCCCGGGUUCGAUGGGGCGGACUUCACAUGGGCCAAAAAUGGUCUCUUUGAACGAUUGGAUAGAGUGCUCGUUAGUGAAGCUUGGACCAGGGUCUUUGAGGCCACUCGGGUUACGAACCUCCCAAGGAUUGCCUCGGACCACGGCCCAGUUCUAGCAAGAUGCAACAUGUCGAUUUCUACCAAUGGAGGCAAGGCGUUCAGGUUCCUAAACAUGUGGAUCCGACACGAGGCUUUUAUGGCUGUUGUACAGAAUGCAUGGGAGGAACCCACGAGGGCUGGGGGACUUUUAAACACCCAAAUCAAGCAUGCUAGAGUUAAAAGUGCUCUAAAGAAGUGGAACAAAGAGGUUUUCGGGAACAUCCAUGCGAACCUUAAGGACAAGGAAGAAGCUAUCGAGCUGGCCCAAUCCGAGUUCGAGGCAAGGCCAACGCCCCAGAAUAGGACAACGAUCAAUAAACACAUUGCCGAGUACAUCCUCCUGCUGCGAAUGGAAGAGGACUUUUGGCGGCAAAAGGCAGCCCUGAGAUGGCUAGCCGAGGGUAUCAAGAACACUUGGUUCUACCAAAGCUGGGUGAAACAAAAAAGGGUCCGGCUGCGUAUCCAUUCGAUCUGUGCCAAUGGACAAGAGCUAACUGAGGCAGAGGAUAUAAAAAAAAAGCGGUAG